CGCCGCGAUCAGCCACGCGCGUGCCGCACCUCGCAUUCCUCGGGCCGCUCGCCCCUUCCUGCAUCGCAUCCUCACGCCGCAGCGUGACAUCCGCCGCCGCUCCGAGAAAGCGCUAGCUCGCCUGCGCAGCCUUGCUCCCACGCACGCAUCUCCGCCUCCACUCCGUGUCCUGCGGUAGCCACCGGCAGCUCCGCACGCCGUCGCCCCACCGCACCCUCGGGCCCGCGCCGUCGUCGCUGGUACACGCCGCCGCCCCAAAUGUCCGGCGGCUCGCGCCACAUGUCGGCCAUUCCGGCCGAGGAGCUGCCGAUCCUCGAGGCGCUCAUUGGCAUCCGCAACCGCCUCACAGCGCUCAAGAAGGACUCGAGCGAGUAUAUCCGGCCGCAGGAUGUGCAGCAUCUGUACAAGGAGGUCAUCAAGCAAGUCACCCGGCUGAACACAGUGCGUGACGAGGCGCUGGCCUCGGACCCAUCGCUGGCCGAGGGCCUGCGGACCUCUGCCUCUUCCUCGUCUCGCGGCGGCGGCGAGCCGGGCGGCAGCGGCGAGGUGGACACGGCGGCACUGCAGAGCACGAACCGCGUCGACACGACGCUCAACGACGUGUUUAGCCUGCUCUCGCUCUUCUUCCUCACGAUCGGCAAGAGCCGCGAGACGCCUGCCACGUUCAGUCAGCUGGGAUGCAUGAAGCAACUGCUGGACCAUCUGGCAGAGUCGGGCAUCUACACCGAGGGCGAUCUGCAGCCCUUCUCGAAGCGCCUGACGGAGCUGCGCGCCAUCGUCAAGCGCGAUGCAGAUGCAGGCAAGCACCCAGUGCAGCUGACCAAGCUCAUGAUGCGCAAGCUCGAGGGUUGCGAGAAGGUGCUGCGCACCCUCGAGGGCACGCUCUCGGUGCUCUCCGUCGAGCUCGUGCCGAUCCACCAGCGCCUCGUCAGCGUGCGGCGGCAGAUUGCGGCGGCCGCUGCCACGCCCAAGCUGCCGCGGCAAGAGAUCAAGACGCUGCAGGAGGAGCUUCGCAAGAUCGACUCCAAGCGGGUGGACGGCAAGUUCCUGGGCCCAGGAGGCUCGUCUGUGCCGGCAGGCCAAGCGAUCCUCGUCGGCAUUCUCGAGGACUGCUUCGAGAUCUGCCAUGACAUUACCGUGCGCAACGACCAGGUGCCGAUGACGCUGCAGCCGAUCUACGACCGCCUCUCCGAGAUCAAGGGCCAGCUGGAGCAUCUGGUGCUCACGCACCGCUGGACGCUACGCGAGACGGAUCUGUGGAACUACCAGGUGACGCUCAAGGAGAUUGACCGCCUGCGCGUCGAUGGCAAGUUUGUCGACAGCGAGGGCAAGCAGCCCGAGGGCCAGCUGGUACUCCUCUACCUGCUUCGUCGCUGCUACGGCCUGAUCUACCGUCUUGUCGCCUCCUCCGAGCCCAUCUCCGAGGAGCUGAUGCCGAUCAGCAACAAGCUCUCCACAGUGUCCAAGUGUCUGAAGGAGGUCUCCAAGUAUGGCGGGCCGUUUACGAUGCGCGAUCUGUACCCGUACCGGCUGGCACUGCACCAGAUCGACGGCAUGCGUCGGCCUGUGCUCGACGCCGAGGGCAACGACACGGGCGUCAAGAAGUGGCUGGGACGCGACAACACAGUCCCAGAGGGACAGGCGAUUCUCAGGGCGCAGUUCGAGGAGGUCGAGCAGACCAUCAACGAGAUGCUCAACCGGGAAGAGGAGGACGACGACGACGAUGAAGACGAGGACGAGGAUGAUGAGGACUGGGAGGGCUCAGCCGCGAGCGGCGACGUGAGCGAGUCUGGCUCGCUGGACAGCCGUUCCGUCGGCGAGGCUUUCUCCAACGACGCCAGCUCUCCGGCGCCAUACGAUCACUCGAACCCCUUCGCAUCGGCCGGUACUUCUGGCCUCGUCUCGCCUGCUUCUGCGGCACUAGCUGCUGCGCAUGCUGCAACGACGUCUCCGCCGCCGCCUUCCGCAAGUCAAGUCGCCGCUUCUCUCGCUGCCGGGCCUCGACUCGCGCCCGCAUCCUCGGUUCUUCCGCCCGGAGCUGCACCGCUGGCAGUGCCCAGCACGCUGGCGCCGCGAGCACCGAGCGACAUUCCGGUGCUUGCUGGUCUCACUGCGCGCGAGGGUGAGCCGGCGGCUGUGCCCGCGGUUGGAUCACUCCCGCCGGAGGGCGCUACGAGCAUCGAGAUGCUCCAGGCUCAGCUCGCAAAGGCCGGCAUGCAGGACUCGGCUUCGCCGCCGUAACAGCCGUAGCUAGAUUUCGAUACAUCACCCACCUCUCUCUCACCCCUUUUCCGCGUCACCUGACCUCGACUCCUUCUCCCUCUCCCACGCAUCCCACUCGGCGGCACUCCAGGCCCUCUCCCCUCCUCUCUUUCUCAGCGCCGCCGCUCGGGGCGUACCACAAAGCGCAUUUGCAUAGCCUCCUCCCUGCCUGACGUGUGACGUUGCGGAGGCACACGGAGCGGAGUCUGAGU